UUCAGGGAAAAUGAGUUUAGAGUUCCGAAGCUUGCAGCCGACUGAGUAUCUUCGGAAACAUAUAUCUUCGGGAUUCAGGCCAGAUGGUCGAAAACUUAACGAACGACGACCGAUUUCAAUAUCAUCUGGAAAUAUAAAAUCUGCCGAUGGAUCGUCAAUAGUCAGACAAGGGAAUACAACAGUAGUUUGCGGUAUCAAGUUGGAGUUGGCUAAACCUACUCCAGAGAACCCAAACCAAGGAUUCAUAGUUCCCAAUGUUACGCUUCCUGCCAUGUGUAAUCCUAGUUUUAAAUCCGGACCUCCCUCAGCUGAAGCACAGUCCCUGUCCGCCUUCGUAAAGGAAGUUAUUGACUCCUCCAGCUGUAUUGAUCUAACUGAACUGUGUCCUGUAAACCAUAUGUUUGCCUGGGUUCUUUAUAUAGAUAUUAUCUGUCUGGAUCAUGAUGGGAAUAUCAGGGAUGCAGCUGUGGCAGGUCUCAUGGCGGCGCUUAGAUCUCUUCAAAUCCCUGAACUUGAUUUUGAUUCUGAGACAGAGAAAGUAUCCGUCACAUCAGUGCGGAAUCCCCUGAAGUUGUGUAGGAUGGCUGUCUCCUGUAGUUCCGGAAUAUAUGAUAUGGAUUCUCCUAAACUAAUCUCAGAUACAACCUGGGAGGAGGAGGAGAACUCAGAUUCACAAAUAACUUUGGUCACCUUGGACAGUGGUGAGAUCUGUACUAGCCAGCAGACUGGAGGCUCUCCGCUAUCCUCGGAGGCAUUACAGGAGGCCAUUUCCUUAGCUUCCACGCACAGUAAGGAGAUACUCAAUGCUCUAAAAUCUCUAACGUAAAACCUUGAAUUGUUUAUAUUUUCAGAA